AUGCUCGCGGACUGCGGUCCGAUCAAGCGCAUCGACCUCAUCAAGACCACGGAUGCAGAAACUGGGGCAAAGCGUUCACGCGGCUUCGGCUUCGUAACGUUUGCCCUGGAGUCCGAUGCAACUAAGGCUGUCAGCAUCAUCCACAGGAAGAGGGCGGCGGGCGGCGGGGAGUUGGUUGCGAGUACCUACGGUGGGGGGGGUUCAGCGGGAGGGAAGCCGCCGGCGCCCGCUCGAAGCGAAAAGCCGCCAGCGGUGGCCUCCGACAAGCAGGCGGUGUCUGCUACCAAGGAGGGUACCGCUGGGAAGGCUGGAGACGGGGGCGACUCCAAGGCUAGCGGGAGGGCUGUACAGCUCGCGGCCGCGAUAGCGGCGGCAGAGGCAACGGGCCUGGGCAAGAAGGAGGCAAGGAAACUGGCGAGGAAAGCCAUGAAGAAAGAGCUUAAGAGAAAGGCGAAGGAGCGAGCAAAGGACAAAAAGGAAGAGCAAGCCAAACUGGACGCUGCUGCUGCUGCUGCUGCGAAAGCGGAAGCGGAAGCGGCGCCCCCGGCUGCGGAAGAAGAGGAUGGGGAUGGCGAUGCCGGGGGGGAAGAAAGCAAGGACGAGGAGCCCGUGGACCCGAAGGCCGCGAAGCUGCUUGGUGAUGCCAAGACGGUGCUUGUUUUUGGCGUCGCGGAAGACCUGACGGCGAAGCAGCUGCAGAAGCGCCUCAAGAAGUACGCCACUCUGACCGCCUGCACUGUUGAGGAGAACGAACGCGGAUACUUUCCGACGGGCAGGAUUGCCCGCGUGGUGUGCUGCGGCAAGGAGGGGACGAGGAAGAUCAUCACCGGCAUUGACGGCCACACCGUGCACGGCCAGACGCUCAGGGCGAGGAGGCUUAUGGAGGUCGUGCCGGGCCACGAUGUGCGACUGCAGAAGCAGCAGCGCCUGAUCGUUCGUAACCUCAACUUUCACGCCAAGGAGGAGGACCUCGCCGAAGCGUUUUCGGAAUUCGGGCCGUUGUCGGAGGUGCACAUCCCGACUGUGAAGGUCACGUCUCGAAGGAGGGUCAAGGGCACGGACAAGCAGGAAGAGGUUACGGAGAACAGGAGCCGCGGUUUCGGGUUCGUGCAGUUUCUGUGCCCCAAGGAUGCCGCCCGCGUCGUCAAGGACCACGGUGUCCUCAAGAUAAAAGGUCGCGACGCAGCGGUGGACUACUCCAUCACCAAGGAAAAGUACAGCGCUCUCAACCAAGGAGCACCAAGCACCCCCGCCGCGGCAGCAAGUGACGACGACGACACCGAAGAUCAGGGGGUGCGUGGUGACGGGAUGGACGUCGACUCAGAAGUCGACGAUGAGGAGGAGGAGGAGGAAGAGGAAGAGGAAGGCGGCGCCGCCGGAGGCUCAGAUGACGAAAGCGAAGGUGAGGAGGAUGGGGCAGAAGAACCGAAGGAAGGGGGGCCCGAUGCUGGGGCCGGGGUGGGGCGUGCGGUGGAGCGGAAGCAGCAGCAGGCCCCGGAUGUUAACCACGGGUGCACGAUCUUCGUGCGGAACGUGGCCUUCGACUCCAGCCAGGAGGAGGUGAAGGAGAGGUUCAGCGAGUUCGGAGACGUGCGUUUGGCGCUUCUGGUCAAGGACCGAGCCACGGGGAUGCCUCGCGGGACCGCUUUCGUAAAGUACUCGAAGAGGGACGAUGCUGAUCGUUGCCUGGCGGCCGCAAUCGGCGCCACCGACCCGGCCCAUGCUCGCGACUCUGGAGGAUCGUGCAUCUACCUCGGAAGCCGCGCGUUGCACGUUACUCGUGCCGUGGAUAGAGAGGAGGCCGGGCGCCUAACCGUCGGCGCCCAGAAGCGUGUGGGGCACAAGGACAAGCGCAACCUGUACCUGGCCGACGAAGGUCUUGUCCUGGAGGACAGCGGCGCCGCGGAGGGUGCUGCCAAGUCCGACAUGGAGAAGCGAGUGUUGGCCCGUAAGGACAAAAAGAGCAAGCUCAAGAACCCUAUCUUCUUCGUCAGCCCGACGCGGCUGAGCGUGCGCAAUCUCGGGCGGCAUGUGACGGACGGCAAGCUGAAGAGCAUGGCAGCAGCGGCGGCGAGGGCGGGGAUCCAAGCAGGUCGCGCUAAUCCUCAGGACGUGCGCCUCUACCUUGAAGCUCAGGGCGAAGAAUUCGCCGCCAUCACCCCGAAGCGGUUGCAGAUCCCAGCUGUAACUGGCAACUCCGUGGUGAAGGCCAAGAUCAUCCGGGACAUGGACAAAAAGCCCAGCACGGACGACCCCACGGAGCUGCACCCCAGCAAGGGCUACGGCUUCGUGGAGUUUUCUCACCACGGCCAGGCGUUGGCUGCGCUCCGUCAGAUGAACAACAACCCGGCCUAUUCCGGGCAGGCCAAGUCCGACGGGGCGGCGAAGGGGGAAAGCUCCAGGCUUAUCGUAGAGUUCAGCGUCGAGAACCAUGCUAAGCUCAAGCUUCAGCAGGGCCGCAAGGAGGCGUUCGAGCAGCGUAAGCGAGAGCUCAAGGCGCUGGGGCUUGGGCAGGACGGGCGUCCGUUGAAGAAGGAAGUCGAGAACAAGGAGAUGAAGAGUCGUGGGAAGAUCCAACGCGAGAAGAAGAAGCAACGACAGCAGCAGCAGCAGCAGCAGCAGGCAGAAUCAAGCGAGGUCCCCGAUGGUCAAGCCUCUACAGCAAACACCGGCAGCGCGGCACCGAGCUCCAAGAAGAAGCGAAAAAAGCCGGGCGCAAAGGCAACUCCUGAGGAGGACGGGGGCGGGGGCGAUGCAGUGGUGGACGCAGGGGACGCCGAAACUGACGGUCUCGUGGGGGGGCGGGGGACGGAAGGAGAGGAGGACAGACCGAAGCGCAAGAAGAAGAAAAAGAAGACGAGCCCAUACGAACGCAUGGAUCAACAAGAGCGCGCCUACCAAAAGCUGGAGAAGGCGUACACGGCCAAGACGGAGGUCGUGGCGGCGGCGGCAACGGCGGGGGCGAAGAGCAAGGGGAAGGGCAAGGGUAAGCGUGGGGCAGAGGCGGUGCUGGACUGGGGAGUUGGGGCGGUGGAGGGAGAUGGAGCCCGAAGGAAGGGGAAACCAGGACGCUGGUUUGAUUAA